AUGAAUGUGGUGAAGGAGAUUCAACGCAUCAACGAAUACGAGCUUAGUCGAUCGGACUACACAGAAUCAGCAUCAUGGCACGCCCAAUACAAGGACACGGCAUGGAUCUUUGCUGGCAAUCUUCCAUUUGACCUGACCGAAGGUGAUGUUAUUUGUAUCUUCUCACAAUAUGGCGAGAUUAUGAAUAUUGAGCUUAUUCGCGACAAGAGCACUGGCAAGUCCAAAGGUUUCGCAUUCUUGCAAUAUGAAGAUCAACGUAGUACGGUGUUGGCAGUGGAUAAUUUGAAUGGCAGUAAAGUGCUGGAUCGGACAUUGCGAGUGGAUCAUUCUUGGGGUCCAAAGCCGCGUCGAGUGAAGAAGGGUGAUGAAUGGGUCGAAGAACCUUAUAUACCAACCAACAAUGCUGCACCAAAGUUAAUAGAAGUGAAAUCCGGCGGUGGUGGCAGUCGAUCAGAGCGAGAUGAAAAGCCCAGCGACAAUGACGACCUCGAUGCGGAAGAUCCAAUGGCAGCCUACUUUCGUGAUAAGAAGAGGAAAAAGAAGAAAAAGGAAAAGCAUCACCAUAGAGAUGAACGCAAGAAACGACGACGACAUCGCCAUCACGACGACGACGAUUAUUAG